ACUUUAUAUCGGAGUUGUCUCGAUAUAGCUAUGCAUAUUCAUGAUAUGAGACUAGUAGCAUAGCAGCUCUCCAUUGAAUACAGACGAUUAACGUCAACAGCCCUCAUCGAAUAUUCAAAAAGUAUUAAAAUAAUGAGAUAUCCAACAAUCCAAAUAAAGGAUAGGUGGGAUCUAAACAGCACACCGUGCCGCUUUGUGGACAACGAAUCCCAUUGUUAGGGCAGAGAGACAAGUAUCUUGUCAGUAUAUCCAUAAUCUGUGCUACGAGUACAGAACACGCAUGACAACGCUUCCUCUUGUCUAUGAAAAAUAAAAGUGAUUGGACAACUUCAUCCUAUUCGUGUCAUGUUUUUGAUGAUUGUUUAAUCGAAACAAACAUAAUCUUAUGGACACAAAUAGAUAGAACAAUUAAAAUCGAAUAAUAUUGAUCAAAUGUUAGUCAAAUUGUACGGUCAAAUUAGUAUUUUAAGUGUCCUACAUUUGGUUAUGUUUGAUGAUUUCUGCUUUCCGUAGGCUAGAAAUACUCACUUCCUGUUUUUACGGAAGACAGUGCUUAUUAUUGGUUGUCAUGGCGGCGCUUUAAUUUUUUWAAACUGAGAUUAAAUUGCUAGCUAGCUGUCGAAUUGUAUCCCGUACAAAUAGUCCCCGAGCCACAUAUUUUCAAUUUAUUUACAUUAUAAUAAUCGAAGCAUAAUGUUGCAUGGCUAGAUACGUACUGAAACGUUAGGCUAAGGGUGGCAAAUUGGAUCAAAGCUAACCGUUAGCCUAACGUUAACUAGCUAUCUAGGCAGCUAGCCAUGGUUACAGCUGAUGUAGAUAUACCGGUACUUAGCUAGCUAGAGGAUUCAGGAACAGCUAUGGCUGCAAACUUUCUGAAGGAGUCCCCGAUGACCCUAGGACAAUCGAAAAGCUGGGUCACAUUAGGUACAAAUCGUUGCUCUCGACUUUCUCAGAAUCAGUUACUUUUCAAUGCAGCCAUGCCUGCCAACGCCUAUAACCGUGCUACCCAAGUUGGCCCACCUGCACCCAUUGUGAUUGAGAAGCUGAUGCCCUGGGUAGAGAAGCGGGAUGACCUGGAUAGCACCUGCAGUUCUCUGUGUUUCUCUGCUCUGUCUGAGGAGCGUCUGCUGGCUGCAGUCAGGCUGGCCAAGAGAGAUCUGAGGAAGAGACGACAGGAGUCAUUGAACAGCUACCCCAUCAGACCACAGCCAGAGGAGACCACUCCCAUCAAGAACAAUGUGGAGCAGCAGAAGGGGGUUGUUCCUAAGGGGAGGUCCAAGACGGCCAGCCCCAAAGAAGAAGUGAUUCAGUCUGGAGCCAAGGUGCUUGUUUACACCCCRCAGAAGUACGUCUCCAUACCCCCUGGGCCUGAUCARGGCCGGUCCCCCCCAACCAAAGACCCAGGCCCAAGGCAAACAGCCAGCAAGGAGCCCCACACAGCCCUCAGCCKGGAGGUCCGCAGGCUGCAGAGAGAGCUGGCCAACUUCAUCCAGAGAAUAGAUCAGCUGGCUAACAGAGGGCGAAUGGUUGUAGAGCCAUUGGAGCCUGAUGAGCAGCGCAGGGUGGAGGUCCGCAGACAGGAACAGGCAGCUCGCUCUGCACGCAUCAUCUAUGUGCUACAACAACAGGUGAAAGAGAUCCAAGAGGAUUUAGACAAAUUACGCUCCCAGAAGAUUCAGCACACAAACAAAUCCAGAGCGAUGGACAGGUUGGUUGCUGCCCACAGAGGGGCGGUCAGGGCCAUGCAGGUGUUCACUAAUCAGCUGUCUGACACGUCUGAGGGCAGGAUGCCCUCCCAUUAUAAAGAGCUGGGCCAGCUGAUCCGCCAGCUCUCUCUGUGCUCGGCCAAGGUGGAGGUGGGCCAGGGAUCAGCCGUCCCAGAGACUGCCCUGGACAUCCUGCUGAAACUAGAGACCCUGGAUACUGCUCUAAGCAAGCGGGAGAGUCACGCACAGAGGAGGCAGGCCCGAGUACGCAGCUCCUCCCCUGCACGCCACCGCAGGUCUCCACAUCGCAGCACGUCUCCUCCCCGUCCACCCAGGGGCCCUGCCACCAGGGGUCUCAGAGGACCUCAUAGAGCAGCAGGCCCCAAGAAGUCCUUCCCUGCAGAUAGGAGAGCGGUCCCUCGGCAUCAGCAGCCCCCCGGAGCCACAGAGCCUCCUCCACAGCUGCAUCGCAGCCAGAUGCUCAGUGCUGGCCUGGAGAGUUUGGUCCAUCUCAGAGAAUUCAGGGAAGGAGGGGGGCAGGUCCCCAACAGUCAAGGAGGAGCACUGCACCCCGACAGGACAAAGAAGCAGGGAGCCCAUGUGAGGGAUGCAGGUUUCCAGCAGCCCACAGUGGCUUCCAGGCUGAGAGUGUGUCAGCACCCACAGAAGGAGGCCUCUGUGCCCUGGAUACCCACGUCACCUCACUCUCCUCCUAAACAACAACAACAGCAGCGCUCCCCUCAGAAGAGGCCAGAGCCUCGAUGUCUCUUCUCCCCCCUGAAGCCCUCCUCAGGACCCUCAGCGCAGCAGCCAGUUGGUGUGGUGACAGCAGAGCAGGACCAGGGUUUGACCUCUGAUAGACAGAGACAAGCCCACAACGAAGCCCUCAGGCAAGCCUGGCUGGACAGGAUGACCAUGCAGAGACUGAGGGACCUAAAUCAGCUGAGUAAAGAUGAAGCAGAACGCAUCCAGAGACUCCGGUCUGAGGUGGGCUCUCCAACCCAGUGGGCUGAGAGAGCUGAGCAGGAGGCCCGAGGGAGACUUCAGCCUCUGUUGAACCAAGCCCUGCAGAUAGGAGCUGCUGCCUCUCAGACCCGGGACAGAAAGGCCACAUCGUCACUGAGGCAUCAACUGUCUGAACAGGCUGCAGACAGAGCUGCGGAGAGCGCUGAGGUGCUGAGUGAGGCCCUGCUCGAGGAGCUGCUGGCCGAUGCAGCGCGGGCUGCCUGGGCGGUGGAGACAGACAGACGGACGGAGGGUUUGGCCCAGCUCCAGCUCCAAGCCCCCACCCUGGAGAGCAUGCUGCUACGCAUGGAGGAGAUGGAGAAAGACCAGGAAGCUGUGAGGAGGCGUUUUGCUACCCUCACAUACUCAGACCCUUACUACUGGAACAGAAGGGACACUACUGGGCCCCAGAGCUCUGUUCUAAUCUCCAGGCCAGUCUCUCCUCAGCCCGUUAGGAUCACCAGGCCAGCACUGAGACACACCACCACAGCUGACAUUGUCCUGGAGAGCCCUGUGGAGACCGGCCACAGUGUCCUGUUUGAGGGCAGCAUCAGGGAGGAGGUCUCCCCAGGUCAACCUGGCGGCAGCAGCACCUUCCCAGCCCCAGGGGAGAGGUGGGGAGACGGGACGCGGCUCUCUGUGCCAGCCAGCAUGCAYAGGAAUAUUCAGCAAUACAGACAGGACCACGAAGCCUACCUCCGCCUGGUAGCCCACGAGGCUGUGGGCAGCUUCAACCCCUGGGCCAUUGCAGACAGUCUGUCAGAGGAGCUUAUGUCCGAGGCCCUGGCUGACGUAGCAGCAGAGUUCCAGGACGUCUGUGAGGAGUACGCAGAYGCUGUCUUCACCUCCGAGUUCCUUCAGCCAAUCACGUCACCUCCUGCUUCAGUUUCACCGUUAGACAUCCAAUAGAUCCUCUUCCUAUUCACAGACAUUGGGCGAGUUAGUUAGGUGUACUGCGUAGGUGGAUAUUUCAAUUCAGGACCAACGGAAUAGUCAAAAAAGUGCAAAUUCCACAGUCAGGAAAACAUCCUGACUGCAUUGAUGUGACAAUAUUCAGAAUAGAAUGGAACUAAAGCAAUGCAGAUUAUUCCUAUUUGGCAGGUUCCUUUCUGUUGUUCUUACAGAGGGAUGGGUGAAUUCCACUGGGAAAGUUGGUUUUGAUAAGUUUAGAGAGAAUAUUACUACAUUACAGGGGAUUAGAAGUUAUGUCUCCCCUCUUUCCAUAAAUAAACCUCUCCCAGAGGAUUACUCACGCUUUCCGUUUCCACAUUGAAACAUGGAAGUAAAUGAAUUGUUUGGGGGAAUUAACAAUAGGGGGUAAGCAAGCCAAGGGCGCGAUUCAUUGGUUAAUAGGAAAUCCGGAUAGCAAAUUGCAGUCAUUGAAAUUGUGUGCUUCACUUCCCAUGGCAUGCACCAAAUACUCUGUUAGCCAAAUUACUCAUUUUAAAUUCAUUGAGAGUGCAUAUAUCAUGAGUGCACGUUGGAUGAAGGAGCGGCCUGAGCGGAUGUUCUCAGGCCAUGGAGAGAGACUUGAAAGCAGCUGUGAAGGAGGAGAGAGACACAUCCAGAUGUUGAGUUGGCCCCUAGAGGAGCUGACUGUGACGGGGGACAGAGAGUGACUGUUGAGUUGGCCCCUAGAGGAGCUGACUGUGACAGGGGACAGAGAGUGACUGUUGAGUUGGCCCCUAGAGGAGCUGACUUGACAGGGGACAGAGAGUGACUGUUGAGUUGGCCCCUAGAGGAGCUGACUGACGGGACAGAGAGUGACUGUUGAGUUGGCCCUCUAGAGGAGCUGACUGACGGGACAGAGAGUGACUGUUGAGUUGGCCCCUAGAGGAGCUGACUGUGACAGGGGACAGCGAGUGACUGUUGAGUUGGCCCUAGAGGAGCUGACUGACAGGGGACAGAGAGUGACUGUUGAGUUGGCCCCUAGAGGAGCUGACUGUGACAGGGGACAGCGGUGAACUGUUGAGUUGGCCCCUAGAGGAGCUGACUGACAGGGGACAGAGAGUGACUGUUGAGUUGGCCCCUAGAGGAGCUGACUGACAGGGGACAGAGAGUGACUGAGUGAAUUAGCUCACUCUGAAUCAGACACAAUUCUCUCCGCCAACUGUGUUUUGUGUGGGUGUCUGAAUACAUACAGGCUUAUGCACGUACACAUGUCUCACUCUCACAGUUCUGUUUCUUCCCAGAGCUCUACACAAAUUGGAAUCUAGGAGCCAUUGCAGCAUUAUAAUAGGAGUUUUUGAAUUGCAGAAUACUUGUAAUUGAAAAGCAUAUUGUUUGUCUGUGAGAGUCAGGAUGGCUCAUUUCUAAUUAUUUUUCAUUGUCAUUGUGCUGGAUGCUGUCUGUUGAUACCUAGGUUUUGAAUGUAUCACCCCCCGCCCCAGACAGCCAACACAGAUUCAUCACAGAAAUGUAUUUUCAACACAAUUAACAAACAGAACAACAAAAUCUGUUUAUGAUCUAUUCUGAUCUGUUUACACAUAACACAGAACAUAAUGAAAUUGGUUUUGUGUGCUUUGAUGCAUUUUAUUUAUGUGAUGUUUUAUGGCACAUUCAUGGCAGACUGUUUUAUACUGAUGCCCAAAGUUUAUUUCGUCAUAACUUUUUUCUGGGACAAUAUUUGAAGGUUGUUUUAUUUUGUCAAAAUUAGGUAUCGGGUGAUUCACUUGAUAACUUUCAUGAUAUUAGUAUUAAAACAUAUUUUUAAAAUGAGAUGCAUCUUGCUUUAUCAAUUUGAACGACAGCCACCCAGAUACAGGAGUGUUCUAAUGGUGAGAAUGGCCUGUCCCUACAGUAUGUUAGCCAGCAUAAUUAUCCUUGUCAAAGACAGAAUUCAUGUGACCAUGAAUAUUGACUAGUCAUGAUAUGAAUUAUGUGGAACACACAGUGACUCAUUUUGAGGCAAUAUGUCCAUUCAGGCUGGAUAGAAUCAUUUUAGGUGUCCCUCGGGGACAGUUCAGCUGAUGGCUGGCACGUUUCACAAUUCUUAGAAAAUUGGAUAUGAUCUUUAGCCAAGUGAGAUCAUUUUUCUCUCUAUAAUAUCCAUAUGGACAUAUUUACCUAUUUACAGAACCAGUGACAUUCUCUUACUCUGAACAACUACGGAAGAGAUCGUGGUAGUUAGAUCCAUGCUCUGGGUGUGGAUAUGGGAGAGGAGUGCAGCUGCUCCAGUUGAGAAAUUGAUCCGUACAGUAUGUGCCCUCCCUGGGCUGUGAUCUCCCUGACGUCAUCAUAUAGUCUGACCUAUAAAAUCUCUGCAUCAGCAACGAGAGAGAAAUAACCUUGUUUCCCCCUCAAUACAAGGCUGUGGGUAAUCUUAAAGCAGUGGCAGUCAGAGCUAGAUAUCAAAUAUGAAACCCUUAUCCUUGCUUUGUCAUAAGGCAUGGUUAGAAUUUGACGAUGUAUUGAAAGCUAAGCCUCAAAUCGUCAGGGCAUGGACUCUACAAGGUGUCAAGCUUUCCACAGGGAUGCUGGACCAUGCUGACUCCAAUGCUUCCCAC